UUCCUGACUUCCGGUUCCGCUCGAGCCGCCGGCGUCUACCUCCCGGUCCACCGGGGUCCUCCCCCGCGAGUCGGGGCCGGGUGAGUCCCCCACACGUCUCCUGGCGGCCGGGGCUUCCGAGCCUAUGUGCGUGUGUACGUAGUCCUCGUGCAGGCGAAGAAGGCCAGACAAGUGGAAUAGCGUUUCCUCGUCAGACCACAAAGCAGCUGUCUGCACCGUCGUCGGUGCGCUCGCCCAAGACUCCAUCUGAUGGACAAGGAGGCCUGAUCACCGGCCCCUUCCUUUGGGCCUGUCGGUUGACUGUGUAGUGAUAGAAGGAAGGGGCCAGGGCUCUCGGCUGCCCCACCGUCCAGGCCAGGGGAGGCCCCAGGAGCUGUAGGGAGAUGAAGUUCGGCUGCCUCUCCUUCCGGCAGCCUUAUGCGGGUUUCGUCUUAAAUGGGGUCAAGACCGUGGAGACGCGCUGGCGUCCUCUGCUGAGCAGCCACCGGAACUGUACCAUCGCCGUCCACAUCGCCCACAGGGACUGGGAAGACGCCGCGUGGAGGACGCUGCUGGUGGAGAGGCUGGGGAUGGGCCCCGCUCAGAUUCAGGCCUUGCUUCGGGAAGGGGAGAAGUACGGCCGUGGCGUGAUAGCUGGCGGGCCUCGGUUUCUGGAAGGAAAAACCAGCGCGUGCUUCUCUUUGUGCACAGGGCUUGUUGACGUUGGGGAAACGUUGCCGUGCCCAGAAGACUUAGCUCCCGAUGAGGUCGUGGAACUGGAAAACCGAGCUGUGCUGACCAGCCUGAGGCAGAAGUACCUCACGGCGCUUUCGAACCCCAGGUGGUUGCUGGAGCCCAUCCCCAGGAAAGGCGGGAAGGAUGUCUUCCAGGUGGACAUCCCAGAGCACCUGCUCCCCUCGGGGCAGGAGGCCUGAGGAGCGUGCGGGGUUACGGAGAAGCCAGCUAAGUCACGACCCGUGAGCUGACCGUCGUGCCGCAGGCGGGGACCGCAGCUCUGGUCCGGCUGGGCCCUGCCGCGGAGAGCGCUGCCGCUGCGUGCUGUUCGUGGACACAGAUUUCCCCGCUCCCGUGCGGGGGACGGGCCGGCGGGACUUUCCUUGUGAGCUGCCCGUCUGGGCUCCUCGACAGGCUCGAGGACUCUGAGCUUCAGGAGAAAGGGAAAGCGGCCGUAAAGGCCUCUGCACCGCGACUAAUCUGGAUUGCACCAGGAAGUACGUUUCGGGGCGCCUGGGUGGCUCAGUCGUUACGUGUCUGCCCUUGGGUCGGGUCAUGAUCCCGGGGUCCUGGGAUCGAGCCCCACGUCCGGCUCCCGGCUCCACGGGGAGCCUGCUUCUCCCUCUGCCCCUGCUUGUGUUCCCUCUGUGUCUCUCUCUGUGAAAUAAAUAAAAUCUUUAAAAAAAGAAA